AUGUCAGCCAUUGUGAUGAAUACUGGAUACUUCUUCCCGCCUACUACUCUCAACCUAACUAUGCGCAAUUGCGGCCUAGAGACGUUCGGGUUCGAUUUCUUCCAAGGAUUAAAAACUGUGAAGUAUCUAGAUUUUUCCGACAACAAUCUUGCUAAACCGUACGCAGGCAACACCAUCAGCAAGACUUGUACGACUCAAUUCUGUGCUGUUCAGAUUCUAAAUCUGACAGGUAAUCAAUUGACGAGCUUUCCCUCCGUCGUCUUCAACCUUGACGAUCUCAGUGAGCUCUAUAUUCGGAACAACAACUUUACCGAUUUUAACGUCACCGCCUCGGUCUUCAACUUUAUAUCAGCGCUGCGAGCGUACGAGUCCGACCAGCCAGACGAGUCAGCAACAUGCUCGAGCGGAAUGUGGAAUUCUGCGCAUGAAGUGAAAUUUUGCGUACUUAACGAUGCUGUCGAAACCAAAGGAGCUGUGAUGCUUGUUCUCUUUAUCAUUCUUGUAUGGAUGAAAUGCUCUCAUCGACGUGAUCUCGAGCAUUUGUCCUCGUCUUCAAAGGUUAACUCGACCGGUACAUCUUACUCGGAGGAAACGAGUCGUGACGUGGACCGCGUUCUCCUGAAUGACCCAGUUAUUGUGACGAACCGGAUCGAGUAUAAACAUCUGAGACUUGGCAAAUGUAUCAGUAAAGGAGGAUUCGGACUGGUAUUCACGGGGGAAUACAGAGGCCGUCGAGUUGCCAUAAAAAAGAUUCGGCCAGAUCGCAGUGGAGAGGUGUCCGAGAUAGAAACGUUUCUAAAAGAAAUCAUACUGAUGGCGGUGCUGUAUCAUCCGAGAAUCGUCGAGUUUAUCGGAGUAGCGUGGGAUGAUAUACGACACUUGUCUGCUGUAACCGAGUAUAUGAAUAAAGGGGACCUCCGAGAAGCUCUCGCGUAUUUGCAUUGUCAACGUCCAAAAGUGAUUCAUCGUGAUCUAAAAUCCAAAAAUGUGUUGCUCAACUUGUACCUGGAAGCAAAAUUGAGCGAUUUCGGAAUAUCCCGAGUGCGGUAUGCUAUCGAGACGCACAUGACUGCUGGAGUGGGGACUUCUUUUUGGAUAGCGCCUGAGGUUUUGUGUGGACAAGACUAUGACGAGCGUGCGGAUAUUUUCUCGUUUGGAGUGGUUUUGUCCGAGAUCGACACGGACGACUAUCCGUAUUGGAACGACAAUUAUCCGAAUGAACCACGAGGUAAAAUCCAAGAAGCAGAGAUUGUAGCUCGCGUCGCUGCAGGACACAUCCGACCCGAGUUUUCAGCGAAUUGUCCCGAAGAGAUCUUGGCGAUAGCUGAUGCCUGUUUGCAGAGGGACCCAAGAGACCGCCCUACGGCUGCGGACAUUGCUGCGGCGAUGCAACAUUUGCUGCAUCCGUCACGCAGAAGAUCUUCCUCGCAGUAUAUGUCGGACGAUUCGGCAUCCAUUUGGUCAGUACAAAGUCCAAACAACAUUAUUCUAUAAAGAUUUUCGAGGUGUUUUACUGUGCC